AUGGCCGACGGGAGCCCAGCCAAUGACAUAUCGGGCCUCAGAGAGACCCGUCCGGACGGUUCCCUCGUGCUGCGGUCUUUCGACCCUUCCCUGUUCCGGCCAGAGAUUCACUCGGCCACGUACCGCUGCGUAGCCUCCAACGCCCUGGGCCUGGUCAAAAGCCGCCUCGUGCACGUCCGAGGAGUGGUGGCGGAGAACUUCGUUCCCGUCGUGCAGGACGUGUACGCCAUUCGAAGAAACGCUGCCGUACUGCGGUGUCAUCUGCCUGAAGCAGUGAAGGACUACAUAACAGUAGUGUCUUGGAUGCGCAGCGACGGCGUCGUCGUUGGCAGCCGUGGCAUAGCUGGGCAACCAGGUGCAGAAGGCCGCUAUGCUAUGCUGCCGACUGGUGAAUUGGUGGCACGAGGCCUCGGAGCGACGGCCUCGGAAGCGUUCUUCACUUAUCGGUGCCAGGUGCGCAAUGAUUUCACUGGACAAACACGUCUCAGCGACACAGCGGGAAAAAUCGUCGUCACUGAGCCCGUGAGCGAUCUUGCACCUCGCAUGACGGAGACCCGCAGGUUGGUGCAAGUGGCGCAAGGGCAAGAAGCGGUGCUGCCGUGCGUUGCACAGGGCCAUCCGCCCCCUGCUCCCUCGUGGUUUCGUGUGACCGACCGCACGCAAAAGGGGCCGACUGCGGUUUUGGGCCUCGGAGAUGACGUCAUUCCCGUGAGGUCAUCGGACAGAACGCUGCUCCGCUUCGGUGGUUCGAUACUGGUGAUACGCUCAGUCAGUGUCAAAGAUGGCGGGAAGUACAUCUGCGUUACCAAUAGCUCGGCCGGGCAGGAAAAGGUGUUCACGGAAGUGCUCGUAUCCGCUCCGCUGUCUGCUCGCAUCGAGUCGGCCGCGCAAGUAGUGGACGCUGGCAGAAACGUAAACGUCACCUGCCGUGUGACCGGGCAGCCCGUGCACGGCGUGCUGUGGACUCGCAACGGCCGGCCUCUCUUUUCUUCCUCGUCGAGGGUGAGGCUCCUUUCCCGCGACGUGCUACAAAUUGUCGCUGCGAAGCAUCAGGACAGCGGAAUGUACCAGUGUCUCGUCUUCAACGGGGACGAUUCUGCUCAAGGAAGCGCGGAAAUUAUCGUCCGAGAGGACGCUCCAGUGUUGCAUCAUGUGUUCUCUGAACUUCUGGUGGCGCCGGGCAGCAGCGCGUCACUGUCGUGCGCAGCAUCCGGGAACCCACUGCCGCAGGUCACGUGGACUCUCGACGGAGACUCCGUGCCGGAGAGUUACAACGUCCGAGUUGGUGAUUACGUCAGCAGUGAACGUCUUGUGCACAGCUACGUGAACUUGACGGGAGUCCGGGUAGAAGACGGCGGCCUGUACGCCUGUGAGGCACGCAACAGCGCUGGCCAGGCCUCGCACGCAGCUCACCUAAUUGUUCCCGGCAGGCCCGUGCUUCGGCGACCGAUGGCCAAUGUCACGGCUCUGGCAGGUCACAGUAUGGUCUUACACUGUCCCGUAGCCGGACAUCCCAUUCGCAGCGUUACUUGGAAGAAAGAUGGACGUUGGCUUCCACAGAACCACCGACAACGCAGCUUCCCAAAUGGCACGCUGGUGGUCAACCAAGUGCAACGCGGCCAGGACAGUGGCACGUACGGAUGCACGGCCACAGACCCGGACGGAAACAUGGCUGGUGGCGAGCUCACUGUGCGAGUGAUGACGCCUCCCGUGGUGAGCCCGUUCAAUUUUCCCAACGACCUCACGGAGGGGAAGCGGGCUGGUGCUGCCUGCAUCGUGUCGGACGGGGACCCUCCCAUCUCCAUCGCGUGGCUCAAAGACGGCCGGCCUCUGGACGAGACGGCGCUUGGCGCAACCGUCUCUCGGACCAACGACUACACCUCCUUCUUGUCCAUCGCAGCCGUCCGCCAGGAGGCGCACCCGGGCCUGUACACGUGCGUGGCUUCCAAUCCGGCCGCCUCGGCAAACCGCAGCGCCACGAUGGUCGUGAGAGUUGGUCCCCGAUGGCGGCAUCGACCAGAGGACAAGGCUGCCACCAUGGGUCAGCCCGUUAUGUUCGACUGUCAGGCUGAUGGAUUUCCUGUGCCGGUGAUACGCUGGAAGAAAGAGCGCUUGUCGGAGGAUGGGGGCCGCCAGUUUGCGACGAUCACCAGCAGCGCCCGUGUUCGGGUGCUGGAGAACGGCACGCUGGCCAUCGACGACGUCGACCGCCCGGACGCCGGCCGCUACCUGUGCCAGUCGCAGAACGGAGUUGGUCCAGGCGUCUCAACCGUCGUCAAACUGGACGUGCACGUGGCGGCCCACUUCGACGAGAAGUUCAAGGCGGUCACAGUGCGGCGUGGUGAUUCUGCCACUCUGGAGUGCAGGGCUCGUGGUGACCCGUCCAUAGAUAUCAGUUGGACCCGGGAUGGCCGUCGCUUCGAUCCAGCUCAAGAGCCCAGGUACGCGGUCGAAAAGAAAACGGGCAGCUCGUGGUCGGAGUCCGUGCUGCGUAUCACUAGCGCCGACCGUCGUGACUCAUCGCUCUUUGGGUGCCGCGCGGAGAAUGCUUACGGUGCUGACGAUGCCAGCUUCCGUCUCAUCAUACAAGAGCCUCCGGACAAGGUUUCUGGUCUCGAGCCCACGCACAUAUCGAGCCGAACGGUGACGUUGUCCUGGUCAGCACCAUACUCGGGCAACAGCCCCUUGCUGAAGUACCUGCUUGAACACAGGACAUUAUCUGCUCCAAGCGGCAGCCCGCAGGACAUUAAGGUGACGCCGGCAGGCUCGAGAAGCCUCUACGUGACGUGGAAGCCACCGUCCGAGGAAGACAAGUACGGGGGAGUGCAAGGCUAUUACGUAGGCUACCGCGUGUGGGGUAGCGGCCAACCUUACUUGUACAAGACUCUGGAGAGCCGCCUGCCGUCCUCUUCACCCUCGCAACGGCAGCAGUGUAUCCUCAGCGAGCUGCGUCCCCGGACUCGCUACGGCAUCGUGGUGCAAGCCUUCAACGCUGACGGGGCUGGACCGUCGUCCGACGAAAUCGUCGCCCACACACCGGACGUUGGCUAUCUCUUGUUCUACAAAGGUGAACCACGGCUAGGCACGACAAAUAUUGUUCCCGAAGGGACGCCUGAAUGGUCAUCCGUGCAAGCCACGGCCGAGAGGUCGACGUAUAUGUUUCGCGGCUUGAGUUGCGGAAGCAGCUACAUCUUCUACGCGUUGGCCUUCAACUCCGCAGGCAGAGGACCUCGAAGCAACGUCGUGCUGGCCAAGACCGACGGUUCAGUGCCCGUGGCUCCUGACUUACGAGAGCUGCUCGUGGCGAAUCCGACCCGCGCGGUCCUGCGGCUGACCACGUGGAAAAGCGGUGGUUGCCCGAUCACUUCGUUCACCGUGCUCCACAGGAGGCAUUCGGCGCACGACCACUGGGACGCUCCGGUCACUGUGCAUGCACCGGACGAGUCCGAGUUAUCCAAGCUGCCGCAGGAGUUGGUCAUCAGGCACCUGACACCGGCCACCAGGUACCAACUGCUUGUCACGGCGCACAGCGAGGCCGGCUCGACGCAUGCCGAGUACGCGUUCGCCACGCCCACGCUGUCUGAAGGUGCCUUGUCGGCCACUCACUGGACGGAGGCGACUGACCUGCAACGACGUAGCGUUGACGUCAUCGUUCCAGUUGUAUGUACGGUGCUGGUGACGCUCCUUGGUGCGGUCGUGGUAGGCUACGCCAUGUCCCGCAGGCGCCUCGCUGCACUACGGAGGCGUCGGUUAGUUUGGCGUCCAGGAGAUGGAACGUCUUCGUCUUAUUUGACGAGGAAGUCGGUUGAAGCCGUGCCAAUGUGCGAGUACGAGAAGCCAGUACUGCAGGAGCAGGAGCACGGCGUUUCGGCAUCUCGGUCCGAGCAGCUGUACCUGCCGUCACCUUUCGGACCUAGAAUGCUGCCCUGCCACGUCGGUGACGACAGUGACGCGGCGGGCAUCCAGGCGACCACUCUGGCUCGCUUCCUUCCAACUGUUCACGAGAACAUCGAGUUAGAUGCGGAAAGCUGCGCGCAGCGGUCCGCCUACGAUGUGCCUUUCGCACCCAGAGAUUCAGUGCAAAAGCUUGCGGAACGUGACGACCUUCUUGCUUCGGCGGAGCGUCUGACUACGGCGAAACAAGAAUUCUCACAAGCGCAACUCAUCAGCAAGGUUGAAGAGAGCAUCGGAUUGGAGGCGCAAGAAUAG